AUGGAGGGGCCGCCGAUCCACGUGGCGGACGCUGAGAGGCAGACGGUGCUGACGAGUCUGCAGGGCGAGUUGAUACGAGAGUCGUACGCUGAGCUGGAGCCUGAUCUGGACAAACACGCCAUCAUAAUGUACCUCACGUACGUACGGAUGGAGCUGUCGCUCAUAUUUGACAUGGUACCGGACGCCAAGCGCCUCUUCUCAAUGGUGCGCAAGUCAAGCGAGCCGGCGCCGGUCAACAUCAAGCUCAACGCACAUGCCACCAUGUCCUUCCGCAUGAUGUGUGAGGCGUUUUGCAAGUGGGACGACCCGGCCCAGGUGGAGAAAUCUGUGCCUUUCUUCAAGGCGCUGGGCGGGCGGCACCUCAACUACGGCAUUGAUGGCAACGACUUUCCGGUAUUUCGAACGGGGUUCAUGAAGGCACUGAAGAAGGCGUUUGGAGAGCGGUGGCAUGGGGAGCUGGAAGGUGCAUGGUGUGCCGCCUUUGACAUGCUGGAGGGGGUUGCUAGCACCGGCAUGGCGGAGGGCGGGGGACGCCGCCCCUGGACCCGGUAUGCCCUGUGCUGCCUGCUGCCUGUGCUGCCCGUGCCUGUGCUGCCCGUGCCUGUGCUGCCUGUGCCUGUUGCUGCCCGUGCCUGUGCUGCCCUGUGCUGCCUGUGCCUGUUGCUGCCUGUGCCUGUUGCUGCCCGUGCCUGUGCUGCCCGUGCCUGUGCUGCCCGUGCCUGUGCUGCCUGUGCCUGUUGCUGCCCGUGCCUGUGCUGCCCUGUGCUGCCUGUGCCUGCUGCUGCCUGUGCCUGUUGCUGCCCGUGCCUGUGCUGCCCGUGCCUGUUGCUGCCUGUGCCUGUGCUGCCCGUGCCUGUGCUGCCCGUGCCUGUGCUGCCCGUGCCUGUGCUGCCCGUGCCUGCUGCUGCCCGUGCCUGUGCUGCCCUGUGCUGCCUGUGCCUGUGCUGCCCGUGCCUGUGCUGCCCUGUGCCUGUGCUGCCCGUGCCUGUGCUGCCUGUGCCUGUUGCUGCCCGUGCCUGUGCUGCCCUGUGCUGCCUGUGCCUGUUGCUGCCUGUGCCUGUGCUCCCCGUGCCUGUGCUGCCCGUGCCUGUGCUGCCCGUGCCUGUGCUGCCUGUGCCUGUUGCUGCCCGUGCCUGUGCUGCCCUGUGCUGCCUGUGCCUGUUGCUGCCUGUGCCUGUUGCUGCCCGUGCCUGUGCUGCCCGUGCCUGUGCUGCCCGUGCCUGUGCUGCCUGUGCCUGUUGCUGCCCGUGCCUGUGCUGCCCUGUGCUGCCUGUGCCUGCUGCUGCCUGUGCCUGUUGCUGCCCGUGCCUGUGCUGCCCGUGCCUGUUGCUGCCUGUGCCUGUGCUGCCCGUGCCUGUGCUGCCCGUGCCUGUGCUGCCCGUGCCUGUGCUGCCCGUGCCUGCUGCUGCCCGUGCCUGUGCUGCCCUGUGCUGCCUGUGCCUGUGCUGCCCGUGCCUGUGCUGCCCUGUGCCUGUGCUGCCCGUGCCUGUGCUGCCUGUGCCUGUUGCUGCCCGUGCCUGUGCUGCCCUGUGCUGCCUGUGCCUGUUGCUGCCUGUGCCUGUGCUCCCCGUGCCUGUGCUGCCCGUGCCUGUGCUGCCCGUGCCUGUGCUGCCUGUGCCUGUUGCUGCCCGUGCCUGUGCUGCCCUGUGCUGCCUGUGCCUGUUGCUGCCUGUGCCUGUUGCUGCCCGUGCCUGUGCUGCCCGUGCCUGUGCUGCCCGUGCCUGUGCUGCCUGUGCCUGUUGCUGCCCGUGCCUGUGCUGCCCUGUGCUGCCUGUGCCUGCUGCUGCCUGUGCCUGUUGCUGCCCGUGCCUGUGCUGCCCGUGCCUGUUGCUGCCUGUGCCUGUGCUGCCCGUGCCUGUGCUGCCCGUGCCUGUGCUGCCCGUGCCUGUGCUGCCCGUGCCUGCUGCUGCCCGUGCCUGUGCUGCCCUGUGCUGCCUGUGCCUGUGCUGCCCGUGCCUGUGCUGCCCUGUGCCUGUGCUGCCCGUGCCUGUGCUGCCUGUGCCUGUUGCUGCCCGUGCCUGUGCUGCCCUGUGCUGCCUGUGCCUGUUGCUGCCUGUGCCUGUGCUCCCCGUGCCUGUGCUGCCCGUGCCUGUGCUGCCCGUGCCUGUGCUGCCUGUGCCUGUUGCUGCCCGUGCCUGUGCUGCCCUGUGCUGCCUGUGCCUGUUGCUGCCUGUGCCUGUUGCUGCCCGUGCCUGUGCUGCCCGUGCCUGUGCUGCCCGUGCCUGUGCUGCCUGUGCCUGUUGCUGCCCGUGCCUGUGCUGCCCUGUGCUGCCUGUGCCUGCUGCUGCCUGUGCCUGUUGCUGCCCGUGCCUGUGCUGCCCGUGCCUGUUGCUGCCUGUGCCUGUGCUGCCCGUGCCUGUGCUGCCCGUGCCUGUGCUGCCCGUGCCUGUGCUGCCCGUGCCUGCUGCUGCCCGUGCCUGUGCUGCCCUGUGCUGCCUGUGCCUGUGCUGCCCGUGCCUGUGCUGCCCUGUGCCUGUGCUGCCCGUGCCUGUGCUGCCUGUGCCUGUUGCUGCCCGUGCCUGUGCUGCCCUGUGCUGCCUGUGCCUGUUGCUGCCUGUGCCUGUGCUCCCCGUGCCUGUGCUGCCCGUGCCUGUGCUGCCCGUGCCUGUGCUGCCUGUGCCUGUUGCUGCCCGUGCCUGUGCUGCCCUGUGCUGCCUGUGCCUGUUGCUGCCUGUGCCUGUUGCUGCCCGUGCCUGUGCUGCCCGUGCCUGUGCUGCCCGUGCCUGUGCUGCCUGUGCCUGUUGCUGCCCGUGCCUGUGCUGCCCUGUGCUGCCUGUGCCUGCUGCUGCCUGUGCCUGUUGCUGCCCGUGCCUGUGCUGCCCGUGCCUGUUGCUGCCUGUGCCUGUGCUGCCCGUGCCUGUGCUGCCCGUGCCUGUGCUGCCCGUGCCUGUGCUGCCCGUGCCUGCUGCUGCCCGUGCCUGUGCUGCCCUGUGCUGCCUGUGCCUGUGCUGCCCGUGCCUGUGCUGCCCUGUGCCUGUGCUGCCCGUGCCUGUGCUGCCUGUGCCUGUUGCUGCCCGUGCCUGUGCUGCCCUGUGCUGCCUGUGCCUGUUGCUGCCUGUGCCUGUGCUCCCCGUGCCUGUGCUGCCCGUGCCUGUGCUGCCCGUGCCUGUGCUGCCUGUGCCUGUUGCUGCCCGUGCCUGUGCUGCCCUGUGCUGCCUGUGCCUGUUGCUGCCUGUGCCUGUUGCUGCCCGUGCCUGUGCUGCCCGUGCCUGUGCUGCCCGUGCCUGUGCUGCCUGUGCCUGUUGCUGCCCGUGCCUGUGCUGCCCUGUGCUGCCUGUGCCUGCUGCUGCCUGUGCCUGUUGCUGCCCGUGCCUGUGCUGCCCGUGCCUGUUGCUGCCUGUGCCUGUGCUGCCCGUGCCUGUGCUGCCCGUGCCUGUGCUGCCCGUGCCUGUGCUGCCCGUGCCUGCUGCUGCCCGUGCCUGUGCUGCCCUGUGCUGCCUGUGCCUGUGCUGCCCGUGCCUGUGCUGCCCUGUGCCUGUGCUGCCCGUGCCUGUGCUGCCUGUGCCUGUUGCUGCCCGUGCCUGUGCUGCCCUGUGCUGCCUGUGCCUGUUGCUGCCUGUGCCUGUGCUCCCCGUGCCUGUGCUGCCCGUGCCUGUGCUGCCCGUGCCUGUGCUGCCUGUGCCUGUUGCUGCCCGUGCCUGUGCUGCCCUGUGCUGCCUGUGCCUGCUGCUGCCUGUGCCUGUUGCUGCCCGUGCCUGUGCUGCCCUGUGCUGCCCGUGCCUGUUGCUGCCUGUGCCUGUGCUGCCCGUGCCUGUGCUGCCCGUGCCUGUGCUGCCCGUGCCUGUGCUGCCCGUGCCUGCUGCUGCCCGUGCCUGUGCUGCCCUGUGCUGCCUGUGCCUGUGCUGCCCGUGUCUGUGCUGCCCUGUGCCUGUGCUGCCCGUGCCUGUGCUGCCUGUGCCUGUUGCUGCCCGUGCCUGUGCUGCCCUGUGCUGCCUGUGCCUGUUGCUGCCUGUGCCUGUGCUCCCCGUGCCUGUGCUGCCCGUGCCUGUGCUGCCCGUGCCUGUGCUGCCUGUGCCUGUUGCUGCCCGUGCCUGUGCUGCCCUGUGCUGCCCGUGCCUGUGCUGCCCUGUGCUGCAUGUGCCUGGUGCUGCUCGUGCCUCGUCCUUGCGCCCUCGUGCGCUCUGCUACUGUCUGCGCCCUCGUGCGCACUGUUUCUGCUCUCCCCCCCCCCCGUUUGCGGCGGUGUAG